UAUCUCUCUUCCCCCAUCCAACGACACCACCUCCGCUGCUUCUCUCUCUCUGUCUCACGCUUCGCAUCCUCUCUAGGGUUGGCGACGGUUCCUUGCCUGGUCCCCAUGGCCACCACCGAAGCCUCCGGAGACGACGACGAGUGGGCUCGCCAGGCCUACCACAAUCCUGAUCUCGUGGCGGCCGUCCUAAUCAGCUUCCGACUGUGGUGCCCGGAGGCGGACGGCGAUGAGAGGCCAUCUACCUCUGCGCCGCCCUCCGUGUGUUCUUUGGAGUGGGGGACACGGAGGAAGCGGUCGCGGCUGCAGAUCCCCCGAGUCUUUCCGCUAACGCAGGAAGAGGAGGAAGAGGAAAGGAAGAUUUCGGCGGCGACUGCGGAGGCGGAGGCGGAGGAGACGAAUAGGAAAGAGAAGAAGAGGAGGGCGAGUCCGCAGUCGCCUCUCGAGGGCUACAGCAGCGCGUCGGCGAGCGGCGGCGAGGAGGGGGCGAAGACCGGGCGAUCCGCCGGCGUUUCGAUCGCCGGGCCAGAGGAACGCCGCAACGAGCAGGUAGUGGCGGCGGCGGCGGUGGCGGCGACGAACCCGCGAGAACCGACGGUUUCUUGCUUCAUCCGACUGCCAUCGCAGAAAAAAAUGACGAAAGUAGAGCUGCAGGCCGUGCAAACGUCGCUGCUGGAAGAGAAGGCGAAACUUGUCGAGGAGAUGGAAAUAUGGCGCAGGUCUUUGGAGCAGCUGAGGGCGGAGAACGGCAAACUAAAGUCGCUCCGGAAGUUACCCGAGCCACCUGUUAAUAAUCACCACACUAUUAAAGCUGUCCAGCAGCUUGUUGCUCCCGGGAGGAAGGAUUUCAUCGAACUUCCAGAUCUUAAUGAUCUGCCAACUGAUUGCUGAGUUCCCAAAUUAACUUGGUCAAGCCUAUUGAUUAAUUGGAAUAUAUAGGAUGUUAUGAUCAAUAGAAGGUGGUCUUCCUGAAUAUUUGGAUGGCUAACCAUAUAUAUCUGAUGUAAUAUACCAUGCGUAGAGGCGGUUCUCAUGAGUGAUUAACAGUAUGUAACUCCAAGAGUUUAUUACCUUUAGGAUUUGCAGAAAUGAUUUCUCUUUUUUAUUUCACUACAUUAUAUAUGUAUAUAUAUAUUUCGAGGAGUAAAGCUCCAAUUCUUGUUCUACUC